AUGACAAAAUCUAAAACCACCAACACCACUAUUAAGCCUAAAGCUGCUAGUAAAACCAAAACCAAUAGUGACAAUACUACUUCUAAGCCAAGACAUAAACGUAAAAACAAAAAUUCUGAUUCUACCACCAUCACUGCUACCACUGCUAAUGAUCACAAUGUUACUUCUAGUAACGAAAGCGAUAACAAUUAUAAAUUAUCAGAAGAAUCAAACAUUACGUGUAAUUCAGUUGAAAUGAUGGAAUCAUCUUUAAAUUAUGAUUGUGAUGGUAAUAUUAUCGCUUCUUCUUUGGAUGUUGAUAAUAAUGAUGAGGAUGGAGAAAGAGUUGUAAUAGUUACCACUGAAAAAGAUAGUUACUUGAAAAAUGUGAAUUGGGACGAUGUCGCAGAUCAAGUCAAAGAGAAAACUGCUAGAAUGUGUUAUGAUCAAUGGAAAAAGGUUCUUGUACCUAGCAUAAAAAAAUAUGUCGAAGAAAAAGAAAAAGUUACUACUGAACAGCAACAAUAG